AUGGAGGAGCCAUCAGCCGCUCAACCCAUAACAGCGGAAGAAGCAGUCGCCGCCCUCCUCCAACCCGCCCCAGGCUCCUUCCACCGCAUCUCGCAACCCUUCAUCUUCCGCCUCCCAAUCUACAUGACCCUCGCCGGCGUCUCGGGCUUCUUCCUCGGCGCACGCAAAGGCGGGCAAGAAGCGGGUCUGCGCUUUCGCGCCGAGCACGCGCACCGCCUCCCCAACACCCAGGCGGGAUGGUAUCUCUACCACAAGAGCAAGAACUACCAUAUCGCGCUUGGAGGGAUCUACGAGGGCUUCCGGAUGGGUGGGCGCUUGGCGCCGUGGGCGGGGUGCUUGGCGGAGGAGGUGAGGGGCAGGGCGGCGGCGGGGAAUAAGGACUUUCUCAGUACGAUGCUGGCUGGGCUUGUGAGUGCGGGAUUGUUCUCUGCGUGGAAGCGCAUGCCGCUGCCUACGGGGGUGAGGCUGAUGAAGCUGGGCGCGAAGGGGGGGUUCGCGUUUGGGCUGUUGCAAGAUGCAGUCAACUUGUUGCAGGGGAGGAGGUUGGGGUAUGUUGAGUUCAUCAAAAAGCAUACUAUUGGCACCAGGGCGGAAGAAAGAGCUGCUAUUGCGCCGGCGGGAUGA